CGCGCUCAGUGCCUCAGUGACGUAAGCCGGCGUUGCUGCAGUGACGGUCGAAGAUGGCGGCGCGGCGGAGCCAGCUCUCUCCCAGCGCCUCGGACCCCGGCCCGAGCUCCACCCCAACCCCGACACCGGCCUCCGACAGGCCUGAUUCGCCAGGAUUCACCGGCGGCAACGCCACCUCCCCGCCUUCCGGGGCAGCGGUGCCGCCGCCGCCACCACCACCAACAACUACAACAACAGGAGGUGGAGGGGGGGCGGUGAAUGACUCGGGCCGAGAACUGUUCGAGGCCUGCAGGAACGGCGAUGUUUUGCGGGUGAAGCGACUGGUGGAUUCGGGCAAUGUGAACGCCAAGGACAUGGCCGGCAGGAAAUCCACGCCGCUGCACUUCGCCGCAGGAUUUGGCAGGAAAGAUGUUGUAGAACAUCUCUUACAAAAUGGUGCAAAUGUUCACGCACGGGACGAUGGUGGUCUGAUCCCACUUCAUAACGCCUGUUCGUUUGGGCACGCAGAAGUGGUCAGUUUGCUGUUGUGCCAUGGAGCAGACUCAAAUGCUCGAGACAACUGGAAUUAUACUCCCUUGCAUGAAGCAGCAAUCAAAGGAAAGAUUGAUGUCUGUAUUGUUCUUCUGCAGCAUGGAGCUGAUUCCAACAUUCGGAAUACUGAUGGAAAGACAGCUCAAGACUUGGCAGACCCAUCAGCAAAAGCUGUACUAACAGGUGAAUACAAGAAAGACGAACUUCUAGAAGCAGCGAGAAGCGGUAAUGAAGAAAAGCUUAUGGCGUUGCUUACUCCAUUAAAUGUUAACUGUCACGCAAGUGAUGGAAGAAAGACUGCAGAACCACACCCCAUCAGUCUACGAUGUAGAAAUGGAAAUAUGUCUACUCCUCUACACCUGGCUGCUGGUUACAAUCGUGUCCGAAUUGUUCAACUCCUCCUCCAGCAUGGAGCUGAUGUACACGCGAAAGACAAAGGUGGCCUUGUUCCUCUUCAUAAUGCCUGUUCAUAUGGCCAUUAUGAGGUCACUGAACUUCUGCUUAAGCAUGGAGCCUGUGUAAAUGCCAUGGAUCUCUGGCAGUUCACACCACUACAUGAAGCUGCAUCCAAGAACAGAGUGGAAGUCUGUUCACUUCUAUUAAGCCAUGGUGCAGAUCCCACUCUAGUUAAUUGCCAUGGUAAGAGUGCCAUGGAUAUGGCUCCCACUCCAGAGUUAAAAGAGAGGCUUGCUUAUGAAUUUAAAGGACAUUCGUUACUACAAGCUGCCAAAGAAGCAGAUUUGACAAAAGUGAAAAAGAGUCUUGCUUUAGAGAUCAUAAACUUCAAACAUCCGCAGACCCAUGAAACUCCAUUGCAUUGUGCUGUGGCUUCGCAACACCCCAAGCGCAAGCAAGUAACAGAGUUGCUUUUAAGAAAAGGAGCAAAUGUCAAUGAAAAAAAUAAAGAUUUUCUUACACCCCUGCAUGUGGCUGCGGAAAGAGCACACAAUGAUGUGGUGGAGGUCCUUCACAAGCAUGGAGCUAAGAUCAAUGCUUUGGACACACUUGGUCAAGCAGCUUUACAUAGAGCAGCUCAUGGUGGUCACCUACAGACAUGUCGUCUGUUGCUAAGUUAUGGCAGUGAUCCAUCCAUUUUGUCCCUUCAAGGUUUUACAGCUGCGCAAAUGGGGAAUGAAUCUGUUCAGCAGAUACUUAAUGAGAACGUCCCCUUACACAAUUCAGAUGUUGAUUAUCGACUUUUGGAGGCAGCAAAGGCUGGAGACUUGGAAACUGUGAAGCAAUUGUGCACAACCCAGAAUGUGAACUGCAGGGACCUGGAAGGACGGCACUCCACCCCAUUACAUUUUGCAGCAGGUUACAAUCGGGUGGCUGUAGUAGAGUAUCUACUUCAUCAUGGAGCUGAUGUGCAUGCCAAAGACAAAGGGGGUUUAGUGCCCUUGCACAAUGCUUGUUCAUAUGGACAUUAUGAAGUAGCAGAACUGCUGGUGAGGCAUGGUGCAUCAGUGAAUGUUGCUGACCUAUGGAAAUUCACACCUUUGCAUGAAGCAGCAGCCAAAGGCAAAUAUGAGAUUUGUAAACUGCUGUUAAAGCAUGGAGCUGACCCAACAAAGAAGAAUAGAGAUGGGAACACACCUCUGGAUCUUGUGAAAGAAGGAGACACAGAUAUUCAGGAUUUAUUACGAGGUGAUGCUGCUUUGCUUGAUGCUGCUAAGAAAGGCUGCCUAGCCAGAGUUCAGAAGCUGUGUACCCCCGAGAACAUAAAUUGCAGAGAUACUCAAGGAAGGAACUCAACACCCCUUCAUCUUGCAGCUGGCUAUAAUAACCUUGAAGUUGCUGAUUAUCUUCUCGAGCAUGGUGCAGAUGUUAACGCCCAAGAUAAAGGGGGCCUGAUUCCACUUCAUAAUGCAGCAUCGUAUGGGCAUGUUGAUAUUGCAGCACUUUUGAUCAAAUACAACACCUGUGUCAACGCAACUGAUAAAUGGGCCUUCACUCCACUGCAUGAAGCAGCACAGAAAGGAAGGACACAACUUUGUGCUCUGUUGCUGGCUCAUGGGGCAGACCCGACCAUGAAGAAUCAGGAAGGCCAGACUCCUUUGGAUUUGGCUACAGCUGACGACAUCAGGGCCUUGCUUAUUGAUGCUAUGCCACCAGAAGCCCUCCCAAGCUGUUAUAAACCUCAGGCAACUGUUGUUAGUGCAGCAGUGAUCUCUCCAGCCUCAACUCCCUCUUGUUUGUCUGCUGCUAGCAGUGUUGAUAACCUGACUGGCCCACUUGCAGAGCUAGCUGUGAAUGGUGCCUCUGGUGCAGCUGAUGGAGCUACAGGCAAUGAAAGAAAAGAAGGGGAAGUUACUGUGCUUGACAUGAAUAUAAACCAAUUCCUUAAAAGUCUGGGCUUGGAACACUUGCGGGAUAUAUUUGAAAGGGAACAGAUCACAUUGGAUGUGCUUGCAGACAUGGGCCAUGAAGAGCUGAAAGAAAUUGGAAUUAAUGCCUAUGGGCACCGUCACAAAUUAAUCAAGGGUGUUGAACGGCUGCUUGGAGGACAGCAAGGUGCAAAUCCAUACCUGACUUUCCAUUGUGCUAGCCAAGGAACCAUUCUUAUUGAUCUUGCACCAGAUGACAAAGAGUACCAGUCCGUGGAAGAGGAGAUGCAAAGCACAAUCCGUGAACACAGAGAUGGUGGGACAGCAGGUGGAGUUUUUAAUAGAUAUAACAUCAUCAAGAUUCAAAAAGUUGUGAACAAGAAACUACGGGAGCGAUUCGUUCACCGACAGAAGGAGGUAGCAGAAGAAAAUCAUAAUCACCACAAUGAACGAAUGCUCUUUCACGGUUCUCCAUUCAUCAAUGCAAUAAUUUACAAAGGUUUUGAUGAAAGACAUGCUUACAUCGGUGGGAUGUUUGGUGCAGGAAUUUAUUUUGCUGAAAAUUCCUCUAAAAGUAAUCAGUAUGUCUAUGGCAUAGGUGGAGGUACUGGAUGCCCAACCCAUAAGGAUAGGUCAUGCUACAUAUGUCACAGACAAAUGCUCUUCUGUAGAGUUACACUCGGAAAGUCAUUCCUACAGUUCAGUGCAAUGAAGAUGGCUCAUGCCCCUCCAGGGCAUCAUUCUGUGAUUGGGAGGCCUAGUGUCAAUGGACUUGCCUAUGCAGAAUAUGUCAUCUAUAGAGGAGAACAGGCAUAUCCAGAAUACCUCAUCACGUACCAGAUCUUGAAGCCAGAAAGUCCAUCGCAGCAGAUAACUACAAGUGAACAGAAGUCAUAGUUCAAGCCAAACCUUGGCACCAAAGUGAACUUGGACCUAAGGCUUGUGAGAUGAAUGCCUUUCCAUGUGACUGUUACAGUAUUUAUUUGAGAGAAACUUUUACAAUAAAACUGGUGUUUCAAUUUAUAGUUCUUCCCCUCAAAAAGGCAAUUUUGAUUUCCCCACCAGAUCCCAUAGCUGUGUGUUGCAAUCUGUCCUUUUCUCAGAAAGAAUAUUUCUUAUUAGUUUUGGGCUACAUUGGAUUUAUUUUUUUCACCUUUUCUCCCUCUUGGCUCAUUUUACAAAUAUACUGGAGCUGCCGAAGCGCUGUUGGAUGGGAACUUUGUUGAAUGGAUAAGCAACUUUGAUUGCAGCAGUUACCUCCAGUGAUAAUUCCAAUCUUGGAAGAGUUUGUCACAACCAGUGUUCGCAUUGAACUGUUUCUUUUUAAUUAAUCAGUGUAUCUUACAAAAACUGUAGUGUUAGUAUUGUAUCACCCUGACAAAAAAGGCAAAGAAGUAGUCUGUUUUGUAAAUAGACUCAAGCUGUUUAAUAUGGGGCAGCCAUUAAAAAUUCUAUAAACUGGUGAUACUGAGGCUUCAGUUAAGAUCAGUGAUGCAAAACUCAAUAGCUCACAAUGAUGCAUAAUCAACACGCAAAUUAACAUUUAAGUCAUAUGUUCUUAUGGGGCAGAUAAUUUGCAUGGGAAGAGCAUCUACAAUAUCAGUUUGUUUUUCCCAUCUUUGUUCCAUUAGUUCUAAUAGUUUUAGUUAUACACUGAAGUUUUAUACUUUCACAUAACCUAAAUUUAAUUUUUGACAUUUGUGUAUUAUUUACACAAGAAUAUAAAUAUAAAUGUUUUGUAGCUUUUUAACGAUGUGGUUAGUGGUUAUGUGUGUUAGGUAUGAAGUAAGAUUCUUCACAGUUAGCUGGUGUCGUUCAGGCACUGUUAAAAGUAGUCCUAAGAUUGGCUUAUGUGCAGUGUAGACAAAAUGGAAUAAAUUUCAAACAGAUAUGAUUGAUGCUGGUUGGUAAUGCUCAUUGAAUUGGUGAUGUGAACAAAAGCUAGCGUGAAGUUUUCUUGUACAACUUGGUUGAGGAGUGUUGGAUAAUUAGAAAUGGCAAAAAAGGUUACUCCCUUUGCGAAGCUUCCAGAACCAUGCAACUCUUUGGCUUAUGAAUACAGUUAUGGACAAUUGUGUGGAACAAAGCUAUAAUUGACACUGGGAAUAUCCCACAGAAAUGAAACCAGAGAGAAUUUAUGGAUGUCUUUGGAGUCCUGUCGUUAAAUUAAAAUUUUGUACUACAGCAUUCUGGAUUUUUUUUUUCAGAAUAUUAAUCCUAAAUUGAAUUCAUGUCAAUGUUUAAGAACUAUGCUGAAGUUGAUCUAACCCUGAAGCUAUUAUAAAGUCCUUGCAGAAUAAUUAUGCAACUUUUCAGUAGGCCCAAUGGAACUUCCUCAGUUCUAAAGCCAAGCUAAAAGUUGUGCAAUAUAUAGUUUUUAUUUAAAUGAUUACUGUUUUGAGAGUGUGCAAAUUAUCCCCAACAUGAAAUAAGCGUUAGCAGAUGCAGUCAUUGCAUCCUCAUUCUGUUUCUGACUGACCGCUUACAAGUGUACUCAAGUAAAUUUAAUAUCUCAUUGCAUUGUGGAAAGUGGAAACCUGAUGGACCUGUUGUUCAGUGGGGCUGUUCAGAUAUUGGGUGUUUUUUCAUGGAGGCAUUGGGGGAGGGAUGAAAACAAUAGAGUAGAAUAUGGGAGUGUGGUGAUUUCAUUCAGGUUUAUCCAUACCUAGUUGUGCAUUUCAGAAUCCACAGUCCACGCACACUUCUAAUGUACUGUUAGCUAUUUGUAGUAGGUAAUAAUUGUUGCUGUUUUGGUUGGUUUGAAAGUUGUUACUGUGCUUUGUAACUUAAAAUCUUGGCCUUUGCUCCCUUUAGUGUCUCUUAUUUUUCAUUCCCUCGUCAGAUGCUGUCUCCUCUGUUUUGCCGUUCGCAUUCAGCGUCUGAUCCGAGUAGUGUGAUUUUGUUACAGUUUGAAUUGCUUGUAUCUGAUGUGAUGCACGGUGACAUCAUAUUACAGAAGAAAUGGAUUUUAAUUGCAAUGUGAAACCAAUAAGUAAUUGUCUUAAUCGCAUUCUGUUGACAGUUCUUUUGUAAAUGGCAUCACUUUCCUUUUUUGUUUAAUUGUGUGCUGGUGACAUACAUUCCACAUCUUGGCAGCAGUAGUAUAAUGAUCUGUAGCUCUAUCCAGCUGCAAUGUUGUGAAAAGUGAAUCUUCAGUUUCUGUGGGUGGCUUGAUAGAGCGGAAUAGUGUGAUUUGACCUGAUGCAAAAGACAUUUGGAAAAUGUUAAUACAAGAAUCUUUCAUUAUUUAUUAUUCAAUGCAAACUUAUAGCAGAUCCAUCUUUGAGUCAUGUGAACUUUUAGACAGUGAUGAUCUGCAAAGCCAAUAGUUUACUAGCUUAUUUCUAAAAAUCAAUGUUCUAGUGACAUUCAAGUGAUAGACUGAUAUGAUUGAUCUGCAUUUGCAUAAGGACUUAGGAUUCGUGUUAAUGUACCGUCACACCGCAAGGUAAUGUCUGUGUUCUGAAAUGAUUCAUCUCUGAAUUACAGUUUCAUUGUACUUAGCUAUUGCAAGAAUAUAUGCUAAUUUGUGAACAUAAUAUUGUAGCUAAGCAAUCCUGAAAGGGGUUCUUGAUUUUUAUUUUUUGCUUAUGGAAGCCCUCACUACUUGAUCUGUACUUUGCAAUAAAGUGAACAUAACAGCACAAUACAAUUAGGUUCAUCCUUGCCCAUUUCACAACUAAGUACCUAUUAUUCAGUAAUCAGUUUUUGAAUAUACAAGUAGAUUGGAGUUGAAAACUGAAAGUAUUUUGUAAGUUGUGUUCUUCUAGCUUGCAAGUAAGUGCAAAGUUCCAUACAAAUGCUACUCUUGAAGUUAGAACUUGAAUUUUGUACUUGAAUUUUUCCAGCAGUCUCCUCCAGUUUUAUUUUCUCAGAAUGUGUGCCUAAUUUUGGUUCCAUAACUUGGCCUGUUUAUUGGACAACAACCUUUUUGGGAUUGAAUCUACACUAAUUGUGUUUCAAAAUCUCACUGUUAAACUACAUCAAAAGGUGUGAUCAUUUUGAAAAGCUUGCUUGCAGCAUGACUGAAAGUGUGUUAAAACUUUAUUUUUUAAACGGAGUCUGCUUUAAUGCCCAGAGAAUAAUUGCUUCAUGAUUGUUUUACCAUCAGCAUCACUGCAGUAAAGCUUUGAUAUGAUGACCUUGUUUGCACAUUAGUUUUACUAUUAUAUUUAACAAUUCACAUUAAUGCUACAUUAGUGUAUCCAUUAAUUUUAUAUUUUGCACAGAUAAUCAUGUUUUAGAGCAAUUUGAGUUAUAUUAGCAUAUUUUACUUAGUGGUUUGGCAUUUUGAGAUUGCAAAUCUAGCAACAUUUUUGCUUGCCUUUAAAGAAUUAGCAAUGAGCAGACAGCAGAUGGUGUUAUAUGCAAGACAAUUGCACAGAUCAUUAUUGGUAAUGCAGUUUUACCGUCUGCUGGCUGGGAAACAGGGCUGCAUCAUCAGAAACCCCUAUUUAAAGCUGAAAAACAUUUUGAAGGAGAAAAGCAGUGUAUGUUUCACUUUUAUAAAUCCUCCUUAAAACAGACACUUUAACCUUUUUUUGGUUUAUUCCUGACACUAUUGAAUAUGAUAGCUUCCUGUCAAAUGCAUCCACACUUCCCAAAUUGUUAGCAUGAGGUAUUUGUAAAUUUUAAACACGUGUUUCUGUGCAGCCUGUAAAAUGUUGCUGACGGUUCCAUGCAUAGACUGUCAAUGAUAUCUAGAUAGGAUUCUCCCAAACACACACUGCUGAAUUCUUAAUGAAUCAGUUCAUUUGGUAAAUAAAUAUUUUUGUCAUUUAAGUAACAUAUGAAGCAAAAUUCAAGGAAAAAAAGAUUGAUUUCAGUCCAUAAGAGAAUUCACCAGAUCACAUACCUUCUUUAUUAAAGAAUCAAUGCAUUAGUUGGUUUAAGUUAUUCAAGCUUCCUCCUCCUUCCGAGUGAGCUGUAUUUUUGCCCUAGAUUACCAUUUGCAGUAUAUGUUAUGGAAUGUAUUAUGUAUUGUACUUGAUAAAUCAAGUGACCUUCUGUUUUGUAUUUUACUUUGUAAUUAUGGUAUUUUUAAUAUGCACAUUUUGUCAAUACUAGGUGCUAAUGUUUUUGCAGGAGAACACUUGAAAUGGGUGUUGAGUAAUUUAAUAUAGAUGCCAUUUACUUUUCCAGUGGCUUGAAAUUGUACGUAUAAACAACGGAGAAUGUACAUAUGUAUUUUAGUUUGUAAAUGUAUUGGUAGUAAUAUCAAUGAAAAUAAUGUUGGAAAUGUGAAUAUGUUUACACCAACAAGAAGGACAGGAGAGAUAUAAACCUGACUGGUAUAAAUAGAUGUUUUAUUUUAAUUAGAAUUUUGGUUAUUUUUCCCCCCUAUCCUUUCAUUUAAGUCUCUGAUUAUUCUUAGAUUUCAGAAUGUACAGCUGUGUGGAAGAUUUGACUUGUAAAGAUGUGCUAGGUUGUGAUGUGUGUGGUACUGAAGUAACUGUUAAUAAACUGCAAUGAUGCCAAUUUAAUGAAA